CGUGGCCUCACACUCCUGCCACUCUCGAGUGUCCACAGCUGGUCCUACAACAAUCAUAGAGCAAGUGAGGUGCUGCAGGAACCAGAGGGUGAGCCCAGCUGCAUCAGAGUUCAAAGAGGAGCUCGCUAGCCAAGACUAAAAGGGAGAUGUCGGACUGGGCUCCGGUGUUCAUCGGGCUGGUGCUCUUCAUCCUCCUCUCGCCGGGGCUGCUUUUCCAGAUCCCCGGCAAGGGAAGGAUUGUGGAGUUCGGCAACUUCCAGACCAGCGGCCUCUCCAUACUCGUCCACGCCGUCAUCUACUUCGCCCUCAUCGCCAUCCUCAUCCUCGCCGUCGGCGUCCACGUCUACCUCGGUUAAGCUGCUCCUGCUGUGGAGUGCCGCUUGCUGAUCUGGCAACAGUUAGGUACCUACCACACGGAGGACAUACAUAUAUACUACUGUCGCUUCGAAGUUCAGACAUGUUCAGCUUUCGUAAUUUCUUUAGACUGUAGGGGCACAGACCCACAGUAAUAUGAUGUUCACUGGACAAUUUAGUUGACGAUUUCCUAUUACUAUUGUAUAGUACUAUGAAUUUCACGUAUAAUCUUCUGAUGGUCGUCCAGGAUGCAUAUCCUAAAUUAUAGCAUGAUGUUUACUAA